AUAGACGAGACAGCCCUUACCUGUAGACUUAGUCAUUCACCUUGCUACUCCCCUGGCUUCGCUCAACACUCCUCGGGACGCAAGGGAACCUUGGAUUAACACCGAUAAAAGACAGGGGAUACAAGGUGCGCGUCUAGGGGACGGUAUCUGUAGGCCUAUUGAUGGUUCCUGCUAUGAGUCAAGUUAAAAAAACCGUAAAAUUGUGAGAAUCUUACAAGAUGUCAAAGUCCUCGGAACAGUUUGAUGACCCGGACUGUGUUUGUUCCUUCGGUAUGAAGUUAACGUGGGAUAUCAACGACCCAAAACUGCCUCAGGUAUGUAAAAAUCUCUCAUUAUGACAGUUUACGAUACACUUUAGAAUAUAAGCUAUUCAAUAAUAUAUAUUUACAUUUCCACAUUAUAUAGCACUUGAUAAUCAAAAUAUGUCAAGGUAAAAUCGAAUAAAUCAUUGUUUCAAUUUGUAGCCUAAAGAUAUACAGAGUUCAGGAUAAAUUAGUUUGCACGCAGAUUGUCAUGAUUUGCCUAAUAUGCUUUCACAACUCAGCUAUAAGAUAUUCAUUUGCACUUUAUGGCCAUACCUUCGGAUCUCUCCACAAUCAAAACGUAUUUUAGCCAGGUAUAUUCUAAUCAUUGGCCUGUAAUUUUCGUGUAUAACCUUAUUAUCCAUUUAGAAAGCACUUGAAAAUAAGGAAUCUAUCCAAAUCUAUAUUUCCCCCUAAUUCUGACAGGACACAAAGCAGUAUGAUGCAUUUCAGGAGUGGACGGAUGGGUAUGUUCGUUACAUCUACAGUGGGGAGGACAAGAACGCACAGCGCCACCUGAGCGGAUGGGCAAUGCGGAACACCAACAACCACAACUGUCAAAUUCUCAAGAAGUCCUGCCUGGGCGUUGUAGUCUGCGGCCGAAACUGCACGCUGGCUGACGGAAGCAAACUCCAGCUCAGACCAGCGAUCUGCGACAAAGCACGACAAAAACAACAAAGUGAGUAAAGGCAUUAUGCACAGCUGUAUUGCAUGGUGUACACCUGCCGACGCGUCUCAUCGGAAAAAGAAUGAAAACAUUAUGCCACUGUAACAUUAACAAUGCAGCUAUUGGUGCUGUAUCAAAUUAUUCAUAAUGAUAGCCUACUUAUUGGGCCUGUCGACUAUGUCGACUAUUUUUGAGAAUAUAACCCCACUCUGGAAAUAUAUAUUAAACGUUACAUCAGGUGUAAACACUUGGUAGGCUACAUCUGACUCAUUCAUUCAGUCAUCACAUUGACACACUAUAUAAAAUGUGACACUUUGUGCUUCAUCAUAAUAUCCUCACUUAUGCUGUAGUAGUAGAAACAAAGUUUGCUGAAGUCGAGAUACUUAAAGCGUGAGAAUAGCCUACAGGAGCGGUCAAAAUGUAUGGAAAACAUUCUUGGUUGUAUUUUGAAAAACCAAUUAGGUUCUUGGUGUGCUCAGACUAUAAAGUUCGUGGUAACAUAAUAAACAGCUUUAUAUAUAGAACACCUAGUUAAACAACUUCUAUUAAACAAUAUUGUUGGUCUGACUGAAAAAAAAAUAAAAAAUAAGGUAUGUGUCUAAUUUAAAAUAAAAGCCCUCACUGUAAAAAUACACACACACAUUUAUAUAUAUAUAUAUAUAUAUAAAUGUGUGUGUGUAUUUUUACAGUGAGGGCUUUUAUUUUGUAUCUUAUUAAUUAUUUCACUUGUGACCACUCUCCACACUAUGUUUGUCCUCUCACAUCCAGAAAAGUAUAAUAGUUAAUAAAUAAUCGUACAAUACUAGAAUACAAAAGUCCCUUUUAUACUAUCAGCCCAAAGUGAAGCCAAAUGCAAAAUGAAUUAAGCAUUUAUUUGAAGCAUGGAGUGAAUCUGUUGUAAUAUGGCCUUGUUUAAAACUGUGUGGUUGUUUAAAACUGUGUGGUUGUUUAAAACUGUGUGGUUGUUUAAAACUGUGUGGUUGUUUAAAACUGUGUGGUUGUUUAAAACUAUGUGGUGGUUUAAAACUGUGUGGUGGUUUAAAACUGUGUAGUUGUUUAAAACUGUGUGGUUGUUAAAAACUAUGUGGUGGUUUAAAACUGUGUGGUGGUUUAAAACUGUGUGGUGGUUUAAAACUGUGUGGUUGGUUUAAAACUGUGUGGUUGUUUAAAACUGUGUGGUUGUUUAAAACUGUGUGGUUGUGUGUACUGGUGGUUGUUCUCCAGAGAAGCUGUGCCCCAGCUGUAGCUCUGCCCUGGAGCUGAUGCCAUGCAGAGGACACAGUGGCUACCCCGUCACCAACUUCUGGAGAAUAGAUGGAAAAGUCAUAUUCUUCCAGGUUUGUGGGCUCAUAUUCUCAAUUGAGAUUCCGGUAACACUUUAUUUAAAGGUUUUCCUUCCUUUUAAACCAUUAAUAACCUAUUUGUUGAUCAUCAUGUAUAAAGCAUUUAUUACCUAUAAAGACCAUGUACAAUAUAUUUUUUUGUACUUACUUCAUGUGAUGGUUAAUAUACUAUAGAUGUUUAGCGGUUUUUAAGCAAAUCUGCAAGUAAAGUGUUAAGGUUUUAGUAUUGCAAUUUUUUGACAAUGAAUUAGCAAUUAGCAUGGGUUCAUAGAUUUGAUAUUUGAUCAAUAAAAUCUGAAGGCAAAUAAUUUUAAUUCAUGAUAAAAACAAUACAAAAUCCAAGUGCGUGACCAAAGGUUUUCUAAAUUAUUUCAAGAAAGUAACAAUCGUAGUAUGUGUUGAUGUGAUUGCAGGCUAAGGGAGUCCAUGACCACGCCAGACCAGAGAGUAAGUCUGAGACGGAGGCCCGGAGAAGUGCAGUGAAGAGGAAGAUGUCCUCUCCACACUUCUCCCAGAAGAGGAGGCUGGUAGAAUCAGAUGUAAGAGCAUUUACCCUCCAUGGUCAUAUAUGCACUCUGAAUUAUGUCUACCUGGUUCCUCUCAAUUGUUUUCCUAUAGGAAGAUGUUUCUUGCCACUGUUGCCUUUGCUUGCUCGUUGUGGUUGUUUAGACUGGGUGGCUCUCUGAUACAAUAAGCACUUUGUGACCUGCACCUCGAAUACUGUAAAAGCCCUAUGCACCUACAAGGAGAUUGCCAAGUAAAGAAUUCACAAAAUACACACAUGCCAUUUAUUCCAUUAGAUGCAGUGGACUUGACUAGCCUAUCACUAAUAUGUACUGUUGUGUACUAUUACUUCUUCAGACUGGGAGAUACCAUGACCUGGGCGCUCCCUUCCCCAACCUGCACCAGCUGUCCUGCAUGGAGGGCCCUGACCGCUUCAGCAUCAUCCCUGAGUCCAACUUCCCCUUCCAGAACCCUGAGCCCUACAAGACCCAGCACUACCCGCCCUUCCAGAAUCCUGAGCCCUACAAGUUUGCCUACGACUCCCACACCACCCUGGGCGAGGCCCCCUCCACGCUCCAGAAGCCGGCCAACCACCGUCUGUACAUGCCCCGGCCUCCAUGUGGCUACGACUUUGCUGUGCCUGGCUAUUUAGGCUCUGGCUCCUACACAGCCCUCUACAAGGACCCCAGUAGCCCCCAGGCAGAGGCCCCUGAGCCCAGCAAGGUGAGCUUGGGCCUGGGUACCAGCACCACCACACCUCACACCACCAGCACCCUUUCGGGUCAUGACCGCAGCAGCUACGACACUACCAGCAGCAAGCAUCACGGCUGGAAGCAGAUCCUGGGCAAGGGGACAUACGGGGAGCGAUGUGAAUACGGGCAGCUCCCUGGCAACGCCAACCACCACUACUACAACAGUGAGUAUCCGUGCAGGACCCUGACGGGCCCGGUGCCAGCCACGCCCGCCUCCCUGCAGACCAUCAUCACCACCACCACCAAGGUGUCCUACCAGCCCUGCCUCAAGCCCUCUGUGGUCAAAUAUGGCGAUAACAUCUACGACGUCAAGGGCCUGCCCAACUGCAACUCCCUGCUCGAGGACAGCUCGCCCACCUCCUACUCCGAUCUAAAGAUUCCAGAAGAUUCCGGGGUCAUCAAGUCGGCGCUGUCGUACCAACCGGAAACCCUGCCAGCCAAAAUCGAGAGGGCAGAGAACUUUGACACUUACCGAUACAGCAACUACGCGUCCAACAGCUAUCCCGACAGGGUUUCUCAUCCGCUUAGAUAUGACGGAGUAGGGUACUAA